AUGGCGUCCAACCUGGAUGAAGUCUUCAUCCCUCCUGCGGACGAUGAGGAAAUGACGGAAGCCCUUCCGUCCAUCCCUCCCCCCACCACUCUGCCUAUGGCAGAACUCGCGCCUGCGGUACUCCCCGUACCCGCUGCAGUGGUCCAGACGGUCGCGUCGGCCCCUGCCCCUCCUCUUAGCAUCUGUGACACUCUCCUUCCAUUGGUCGUUCAUGCGACCAACGCGCCAUCCUCUGCCCCCACACAGGGUGAGGGCUCUGGCGCCCCAGCAGCCGUCUCGGCUGCCCCAGGGCCUCCUGCUCCCCUUCCUUGGGACGGGGCCCAUAAUGACAAUGCUGCCUCCGGCAGCUAUCAACAUCGCACCCAUCAGGGUGAGCAUUACGGUUCUUCUAUUGACCAUUACGGUGACAUCUCUCCCUGGGGGUCCGGGGACGAGUACUCGCGUCUCCCCACUCCGGAUUUCGCUCGCGGGUCGAGCGACACACGUUACUGCGACUCGUGCACGGAAAGCUGGGAGCCAUACCCUUGGCUCGCACUCCAUCCGACGCAGAACUCGGAAUUGGCCAUUUGUGGCCGAGAACAGCUCGCUGACAACCUGGUAUACAAUUGUGUCAAGUUACGAGACGUGGAGCAGGAGCUCAAUCGCCUUUGGGGCGAGCAUGAGGAACACGCAGAUGAGAUUCAUAAUCGCAAGCGUGACUUCGAAUCACGCAUUGCUCGUCUGGAGGACUCCCCGAGCAACGAAAAUCUCACUCGUUCUCUCGAUGAGAACGCUCGCAUGUCAUCCAGGAUGGACCAUGCCCAGCGGUUACUCUCGAACACACAUGAUAUGCUCCUCCAUGCUCAGAGAGACGCGGAGAUCCAGGGUUCCCAUCAUCGGGAUGAGAGCGACGCUCUCACUGACGAGAUCGGUCGUCUGAAGAAAGACGUCUCUCGUUAUCGCAUCGAAUGCGAUGAACAUCGUUCUGAGAACGAUAGACUGAAGGGCAAGCUGUCCACUUUCAACAGCGCCCCUCCCCCUCUCCCUCCCCGUGCUCCUCUCCCUUCCGCCGCUCGCAAGGUGGCUCUUCCUUCUGCCUCUCACGAGGCGGAUGACUUAUAUGACGUCCCGAUGGACGUCGGCCCUAUCGAGGAGGCCCCAGUGCCUGCCUCGGCGACCUCUGCUGUUGCGAAGGUCUUCACUGUCGCGAGGGUUCCUCCUGUCGCAAAGGUCUCUGCCAUCGCCCUCGGCAAACGUCCCACCGUGGACAAGCUCCCAUCCGCGCACCCGCGGAAGAUGCAGUCUCUUGUGACUGCUACAUCCUCCUCCCGCGUCCAUACCUCGAGGAUCAAAAACCGAACUCACUCGAUUAUCCAGCCUUUGGGCACGUAUGCUCCCCAACUGCGGCCCUGGUGUCAGAGCACGGUUUGUUCGAGGCGUUGA